CGCACUUUGCCCUCCUCAAGGACGACACACAUUCUCACGCUUGAGGACGGCUUACUUACCGAAAAGCAUAUAUCAAGGUGCUUUCUCCGAGCACAGAGGGCGUCUGUCAAUGAGUGGUUAAUGGGUAGAGAUGAGCGCCACCAGCAGCACCAGACUGAGCCCCAGUCCGAACUUGUUGCAGGUGAACGAGCCGAAGCGUUAUGGCUCCACGUUGUCGCUGGAGGAGAAGUGUGAGCAGUCUUUCUUCCUCUUUUACUACUACAGGAUGGAGGACGAGGCGGUGCUGGACCGGGGGGCGUCCUUAGUCAAGCACAUCUGUGACGAGGAGGAGGUAGAGGGUCACCACACCAUUUACAUUGGCGUGCGCGUGCCCAAGAGCUUUCGACGUCGCCGGCGUCACCGCCGGAGGACCGGCCACAAGGACAGGAAGGAGAGGUUGACGGAGAACACCUCUGACAAGUCCGACACAGAAAACAACGAUGAGCCCAGCAACAGCAUCCUCAAACCCCUCAUCUCACCAGCAGCCGAGAGGAUCCGCUUCAUCCUCGGGGAGGAGGAUGAUGGCCCGGCACCCCCACAACUCUUCACCGAGUUGGAUGAGCUGCUGUCGGUGGAUGGACAGGAGAUGGAGUGGAAGGAGACGGCCAGGUGGAUCAAGUUUGAGGAAAAGGUAGAGAAAGGUGGAGAGCGGUGGAGCAAACCCCACGUGGCGACAUUGUCCUUACACAGCCUGUUUGAAUUGCGGACGUGCAUAGAGAAAGGCACCAUCAUGCUGGACAUGGAAGCUUCCACUCUGCCUCAGGUUGUCGAGCUGAUCACCGACAACCAGAUAGAGAUCGGGCAGCUGAAGCCAGACCUGAAGGACAAAGUGAUGUACACGUUGCUACGGAAACACCGCCACCAGACCAAGAAGUCCAACCUGCGCUCUCUGGCUGACAUCGGCAAGACGGUCUCCAGUGCAAGUAGGCUGUUUUCCAACCAGGAAAAUGAUAGUCCCACCACAACCCACCGGAACCUGACCUCCGGCAGCCUGAACGACAUUUCUGACAAACCGGAAAAAGAACAGCUGAGGAACAAGUUCAUGAAGAAGUUGCCGAGAGACGCCGAGGCCUCCAACGUGCUGGUGGGGGAGGUGGACUUCCUGGACGCGCCGUUUGUGGCGUUUGUUCGUCUGCAGCAAGCUGUGAUGCUGGGAGCCUUAACGGAGGUUCCUGUUCCCACCAGGUUUUUGUUCAUCUUGCUGGGACCCAAAGGCAAAGCCAAGUCAUACCACGAGAUCGGCAGAGCGAUCGCCACGCUGAUGUCAGAUGAGGUCUUCCAUGACAUUGCGUAUAAAGCCAAGGACAGACAAGACCUGCUGGCCGGUAUUGAUGAGUUCCUGGAUGAGGUGAUUGUGCUUCCUCCUGGAGAAUGGGACCCCACCAUCAGGAUAGAGCCUCCAAAAUCGCUCCCGUCCUCUGACAAAAGGAAAAACAUGUAUGCAGGAGGGGACUCUCAGAUGAACGGAGACAUGCCCCAUGAUGGAGGUCACGGAGGAGGGGGACACGCUAUAGGGGAAGAGCUGAAGAAGACUGGAAGGUUUUGCGGGGGUCUCAUACUUGACAUCAAAAGAAAAGCGCCUUUCUUUGUCAGUGACUUCACCGAUGCAUUUCACAUUCAGGCCCUGUCGGCCAUUUUGUUUAUUUACCUGGGAACUGUGACAAACGCCAUCACCUUCGGUGGUCUGCUGGGGGAUGCUACGGAAAACAUGCAGGGUGUGCUGGAGAGCUUUCUGGGCACAGCCAUCACUGGCGGGGUCUUUUGCCUACUGUCGGGUCAGCCUCUCACCAUCCUCAGUAGUACUGGUCCUGUUCUGGUGUUUGAACGGCUGCUCUUCAACUUCAGCAGAGACAAUGACUUUGACUACCUUGAGUUCCGGCUGUGGAUCGGUCUGUGGUCGGCCUUCUUCUGCCUGGUGCUCGUGGCCACUGACGCCAGCUUCUUGGUUCAGUACUUCACCCGGUUCACUGAGGAGGGCUUCUCCUGUCUCAUCAGCUUCAUCUUCAUCUAUGAUGCCUUCAAGAAGAUGCUCAAGCUAGCUCACCACUAUCCCAUCAACUCUGAUUAUAAGUGGGAGUACGUCUUGCAGUACGACUGCCUCUGUAUGGCCCCUACUAUUCUAGAGAACAGUACAGACAUCAUUGGUGAUCCUGUAGACGGUACUUCAUUCUGGUUAUGGAACAACACUGAUCUGUCAAUGAACGGCACACGGUCAGCCCUCACAAGGACGGAGUGCCUGAAGUACAAAGGGGAGCUGGUGGGGAAGGCCUGCGACUUUGUCCCAGACAUCACCCUCAUGUCCUUCAUCCUGUUCUUUGGCACUUACACCUGCUCCAUGUGUCUGAAGAAGUUCAAGACCAGCCCGUUCUUCCCCACCACGGUGAGGAAACUCAUCAGUGACUUCGCCAUCAUCCUGGCCAUCCUCAUCUUCUGUGGAGUUGAUAUGCUGGUAGGAGUCGAUACUCCUAAACUAAUUGUGCCAAGUGAAUUCAAGCCAACAAGUCCUAACCGGGGCUGGUUUGUGCCCCCAUUCGGAGGAAACCCCUGGUGGGUUUACCUGGCAUCGGCUCUUCCUGCCCUGCUGGUCACCAUACUGGUCUUCAUGGACCAACAGAUUACAGCUGUGAUCGUCAACAGGAAGGAGCACAAGCUGAAGAAAGGGGCAGGUUACCAUCUGGAUCUGUUCUGGGUGGCUGUUCUGCUAGUGAUUUGCUCCUUCAUGGGUCUGCCGUGGUAUGUGGCUGCCACCGUCAUCUCUAUCGCUCACAUCGACAGUCUGAAGAUGGAAACAAAAACAUCGGCUCCUGGAGAGCAGCCAAAGUUCCUGGGCGUCAGAGAGCAGAGGGUCACUGGUGUGGUUGUGUUCAUCCUGACAGGACUGUCUGUAUUUAUGUCUCCUAUUUUAAAGUUCAUCCCCAUGCCUGUGUUGUAUGGAGUCUUCCUGUACAUGGGAGUUGCCUCUCUAAAUGGAGUGCAGUUUAUGGAUCGUCUCAAGCUGCUUCUGAUGCCAGCAAAACACCAGCCAGACCUGGUUUACCUGCGACACGUUCCCCUCAGGAAGGUCCACCUCUUCACCUUCAUCCAGGUCCUUUGCUUGGCUCUGCUCUGGAUCCUCAAGUCCACUGUGGCCGCCAUCAUAUUCCCUGUCAUGAUCCUCGCCCUGGUCGCCGUCAGAAAAGCGAUGGACUACAUGUUCUCCCAGCAUGACCUCAGCUUCCUGGACGAUGUCAUCCCAGAGAAGGACAAGAAGAAGAAGGAGGAUGAGAAGAAGAAGAAGAAAAAACGGGGCAGCAUAGACAGCGACGCCGAAGACGAGAGAAGUCCCCAUCAUUCCUUGAACGACACACGUCGUGCUGAGCAGCUCCGCUAUUACCAGGCCAACUGCUUGUCCAGCCCUGAGAUGAGUCCGCUGAAGUCUGUGCCUCAGAUUAGAAUAGACAUGGACCCAGACGAUGAUAAUUCGUUCUACUGGAGGAGCAGAGGAUCUGAAACAUCUCUGUAGCGCACUGAACCACCGGCUGGCGAAUCCUGCAGCACCCGCAAGAGAACUCCCUCUUUCUUUCACUGACUUAAAAUUGUUCUUUUUGACCCCAUUAUUUCAAGACUUUGUUUUGAAUAAGUGUUACAGAAAAAAGGGAACACACUAAAAGAAAAAACAAAAAACAAAACAGUUUAACAAAACAGAUAGAGAAAAAAAAAACCUUUUUCUUCUAUUAAUGAAGCCGUUUUAAAACCAUUUCCUUCGUCACACUCUUCUCCUGGUAUUUUUCUCACAGCUCCACAGUAAACAGUCUUUGUGUCCGACUCAAACACCGAUAAAUGUAACUCCUUACUACUCUUCUAUGCAACUCCUCCCACAUAUCGCUGAUCAACAGUAAAUGCUGCAGCUCUCUGACCAUGCAUGGAGUGCCCUCCCUGCUCUUUUUAUAUAAAUAUAUACACGUAAAUAUCUUCGGUCUGAAUUUUUAUAUAAAUUGAAUUACUCUAAUAACAUUUUCCUGUAGCAGGAAAAUUGUUUUCAUAGCUCUACCUCUUGUUUUAGAUUCAAUGCUUAUUAUGAACAAAUGCAACAUGUUGAUUUUUGACGCAGCAUGGGGUUUUGAUAUUUUCUCUCUGUCCUCUUGCAGAGUUGAAAUGAUUCAAGAGAUUCACUGUAUUAUAGCUUGUGAAGGAAAUGUGUGCAAAUAGAUAUUUUAAAUUAAUUAACAGUUAAUUCACAUUGCACAUUUCUAUGUGCAGAUGAGAAAUAUUUUUUAUCAUCACUUUUUGAUGCAGUUUUGAUUUCUUCACCUCCUCUUUCUAAUUUUCUGGAUCUUUCUUUCACAUGUUCACUUCAGAGCUUUUGUUACUUGUUUA